AUGAUAAGAGACAGAGUAGUGUUUGGUGUACGUUCAGCCAAAAUAAGAGAAAAGUUGAUCACAACAGGAAGUGACCUGACGUUAGCACAGGCUAUAGACAUUGCAAAUUUAUAUGAACUUUCGAGAGCUCAACUCAAAACAAUGAAUGACGAACCUAAAGGAAAUACCACAGGUAAUGUGAUGAAUAAAGUGAACCGUAUCACAGCAAAACAGUCGUUCAAAGGAGAACAAUUAGACAAUCCAAAUUGUAGACAGUGUGGAUAUAGGAAGCGCAAGCAUGGUGAGAAGUGUCCAGCGAUUGGCAAAGUCUGCUCAGGUUGUGGAAAGAGAAACCACUUUGAACGUGUUUGUGAAUCUAGUGCAACAUAUAACCGCACACGAGGAGGACAUUAUGCUCAUAGAGGGAAACCAGCGCAGCGAGGAAAAUUCCAUGGAAAGCGUCCAGGAAAAUUUAAGAGUCGCUCAGUGAACAUGCUGGAUGAAUCCGACGAGAAUGACUCGGACUGUCAAGAUUCAUUUUUCCUAGGAAUGAUUGACACUGGACAUGUUGAUGUCAACACCAUAGACAAUUGGAUGACAACUUUACAGUUGAACAACACAGAUGUACAGUUUCUCAUGGAUACAGGUGCAAAGUGUAAUGUACUCACUAGAGACACAUAUCACAAACUUAAGAUGUCACCCCUAGAGAAACCGAAAGCUUCGCUUACAUCUUACUCUGGACAUAAAAUCAUCACAGAUGGUAUGACAACAAUACCGUUGCAAUAUAAUGGCCAAACUCAUGCAAUAGAGUUUUACGUUGUCAACAGAAAUGCACCAAACAUUCUCGGAGCUGAGACUUGUUGUAAACUUGACCUACUGAGAUGUAUGAAUUCUAUUUCCUGCAAACUAGGAUCUAACAAGGACAAACAUCAGUCAUCUGGAAAAGACAUUUUGAGUGAACCUCAAUAUGCAGAACUAUUUGAAGGGUUAGGAUGCUUACCUGGACAGUACUCAAUAAAAUUUGAUCCGUCGAUAACACCUACCAUACAUCCACCACGCAAGAUACCUAUCUCAUUAAAAGACAAAGUUCAUCAAGAAUUACAGAGAAUGGAACAGUUGGGAGUCAUUGAACGACAGACAGAACCAACUCCGUGGGUGAACAGCAUGACUGUUGUGAAUAAAGGAUCCAAAAUCCGAAUAUGUAUUGAUCCCAGGGAUCUCAACAAUGCAAUUCAACGUGAACAUUUUCCGUUACGAACUGUUGAGGAUGUCAUUGAGAAUAUGUCACAGGCAAAGUACUUCACAAAAUUAGAUGCCGUUAGUGGAUUCUGGCAAAUCCAACUAGACGAAGCUAGCUCGAGACUUUGUACGUUCAACACACCAUUCGGGCGAUACCGAUUCAAGCGUAUGCCAUUUGGUAUAAAGUCUGCGUCCGAAGUAUUCCAGAACAUCAUGUCACACAUGUUGGAGGACAUAACUGUUGCAGAGGUCAUCAUUGAAGAUAUUUUGGUUUGGGAUCAUCGAUUGAAGAACAUGACCAGAGAUUACACCAAGUUUUACAGCGUGCGAAAGAGUACCACUUGA